AUGACCAACCAACAGCAGCAGCCAACACCCGUGGAUGAUGUCCAAGUCUCGGAGACAGUCAAUUCGGCUCUUGAUCAACUACACCUUGACGAUCUGUCGGACAAUAGUCGUGCUUCUAAGCAGAAUGAGACUUCUGCUCCUGGAGCCUCCGGAGCCAGUGGAUUUCCAGCUCCACCUCCAAUGAUGGGUAUGGGGUUCAUGCACUACCCACAAAUGAUGCAUUUGCCUCACUCUCCUGGUUAUUUCCAGGCUCCCCAGGCUCCGGGCUCUUCAGACCCAUUUGUCGCCGAAACUGGACCCCACUUGACAACCUCUGCGGACUCUGCAGCGGCCAUGUUCCCAUCCCAGCCACUUCACGCUAGAGCCCCUUUGGCUAACACUUCCAGUGAUAAUACGGGCUCAAAAUCUCUCGAAAUUGGCUUUUCAGGAAAUAUGGAUCCUUUGUGGUCGUCCAAUAAACAAGAUUUUGACCCGAACUACCAAUUUAUCUCUGGGAAAUUGCCUGACAUGUCCAAUGCCUCUAGGAGGCAAACAUUCCCUAAUGUUUCAGGAACUGAGCUGAUUAGCGAGAGCUCUAAUAUCAGGACUCAAAGCAUUUCACUUGAAAAGGCAGAGAGCAGGUUAGAUACAAUUUCAAAGGCCGAGGAGCUCGAGCCAGAAUUACGCCAACCCCACGCGUCUACCACUGGUAGCACUUUUUCGGCUGCGGCAUACCCUUAUGGUGGGCCCCUCAUUCAACCCAAUCCCGUCGUUUCGGGACACACUCCACCAAGUUCCGGCCCCGCCUAUGGAAUACCUUCUCCUUUCCCGGCCUAUGGAUUCUCCUCCCCUUUUCAAUCUUUUUCACCAGUCCCAGGCACGCCACUUGGCGGCCACUCCGUCAAUAGACCAACCUCAAAUUCUGAAAAUGCUGAGAAUGACACUUCAUUGCUGGAACACAGGGCAUCCCCAAGAUCGGGAUCUUCCCAAACAAUGGCUCCCUGGAUGUAUGGGAACCAUCCUUUCGGUCCGAUGGUUCCCCUUCACCACCAGAUGAUGGCGCCCUCUGGUGGAAAUGCUAACAAUCAUUUACAUCCAUCUCAUCCACAUAGCAAUCGUCAUCCAAUGAAUUCACGCAGACAUAAAGGUGGUCAUAGUCAAAGACCUUAUCACCGGAAGGGAGACGAUCCUGCAAAGUAUGCCAAUGCCAAGCUCGAGAACUACAUUGGAAACAUAUUGUCACUUUGUAAGGAUCAGCACGGCUGCCGAUUUCUUCAAAGGCAAUUGGACAUAGGAGGAUCGGAGGCAGCAGAUGCAAUUUUCGAGGAAACAAAGGAUUACGUCGUGGAACUAAUGACUGACUCCUUUGGAAACUACUUGGUGCAGAAGCUGCUCGAACGAGUCAGUGACAACCAGAGGCUAGAAUUGGUAAGGUCUUCAGCACAGAGCUUUGUUUUCAUUUCGUUAGAUCCUCACGGAACGAGGGCCCUUCAGAAACUCGUGGAGUGCAUAUCUACUGAAGAAGAAGCAGAGAUCAUAGUAAAUUCUCUACGUGGUUCAAUUGUAGAAUUGAGCAGAGAUCUCAAUGGUAACCAUGUCGUACAGAAAUGUUUACAAAAAUUGAAGCCCGAAGAUUUUCAAUUUAUAUUCGACGCAGCAACCGAUGCUUGUGUAAAAAUUGCUACGCACAGACAUGGUUGCUGUGUCCUGCAGCGUUGCUUGGACCAUGGGAAUAGCGCACAAUUUCAGCAGCUGAGUGAGCAGAUAAUCGAGCAUGUUAAGGAUUUGACUACCGAUCCCUUUGGCAACUACGUUGUCCAAUAUAUACUUACAAAGCAGAGCGAGCGAUCUGAAAAAGAGUACGGAGAGAGGGUUGUCAGUUCGUUGAAGCCAAAGGUCAUUGAGCUCUCUUUGCAUAAAUUUGGCUCAAACGUAAUUGAGAAGGCUCUCCGUACCCGAGGCACUUCUGAGGUAUUGAUUAAUGAGCUUUUGCAGCACAGCGGUGAUGCCAAGAUUGAGCAAUUACUUCAUGAUGGGUAUGGAAACUAUGUUCUGCAAACUGCUUUGGACGCAGCUCGCGCAAGUAACAAGGAGCUGUAUCAGCGCUUAAGCGACACGCUCAAGCCUUUGCUUGUGGGUCCCAUCAGAAACACCCCACAUGGCAGAAGAAUAAUGGGAAUUUUAGAAGUUGAAUGA